CUACGCUUUGUCCUCAAACGUUUGGGUUAAAACUCACGGAUCCCUACUCUUAAAUACACUUUUCUCUCUCGAUUAAUUUUCGUCUAAAUCCCUCUUUGCGUGUAACUUAGCUUAUAGCGGUGCUGAACCAACUUACCGCAAUAAAUUCAUUGCAAAUUGGAUUUGAUUUGAGUUUCAGUAUUAAGUAGGCCUAGUGCAUCGAUUGUUGUUUCAGUGAGGCGUUAUGGUAAUGAAAUGUUUUCUUAUCUAUAGUGUGUAGUGACUUUUCCGAAACAUAUUUUUACUGUGACUUUCGAGUACAUGAACGUCGCGGCAAAGUUUCUCUCGUUCGAACCAAAAUUGUGCCCUGAAAAUUUCACUGAUUUGCUAUCGGAAAACCGGCCGGAUUCAAUCUUCUAGUAACCGCUGGCGAAGAUUUCUAAAAUACGUACCAACGUUAAUCAUUCGAGCUGCAUCAUGGCUCAGCCGAACCACGCUGCGCGAAACAAAAAGACGUUCUUCAGCGUGAAAUCAUGGUUGCUGAAACCGUGAAGAAUUAUCCGUACCCCGCGCUGCUGCCACUAACGCAGCAAGGCCUCAACUAUUCCUGCACCACAUCAUCAUGUGGUCCUAGUCUCCUACCACAGUCCCUAGUACAGCCUUAUCCACCACAAUCCUCCCCCAUGAUGGAACGAAGCCACUCGGCACGAGGAAGAAGUGGUUCUUCACAGGGUGCAAAUCUCGGAUCCACUCCGUCCGGUUUGGGUGCCGGCGGAAUGAUUGGCGCUGCCGCACCAAUGCUAAAAGAUUCGAUUUUCGCCCAGAGAAAACAAAGAGAGUUUAUACCUGAUAACAAGAAGGAUGAAUCUUACUGGGAUCGUCGGCGAAGAAACAAUGAAGCUGCUAAACGGUCACGCGAAAAGAGGCGCUUUAAUGACAUGAUCUUGGAGCAAAGGGUCAUUGAACUCUCGAAAGAGAAUCACAUUUUGAGAGCGCAACUUAACGCUCUCGAAAACAAAUUCCAUGUUAAGGGAGAGGGCUUGGUAAACGAAGAACAGGUUUUGGCCACCAUGCCCCAAGCCGAGCAAAUCUUGUCAUUAACGAGAAGAUCAAAUAUUUCUAUCCUGUCUGUGGGCUCACCAACUUCGCUUCUGUCACCAUCUUCCCUUCCAUCGACUUCACCAGCACCUCAAUCUCAAUCCAACCAUUCUGAUGAUCACCAGUUUGCUGUACCUCAGUACAACCAGCACCAUCACAUGGACCAAUCCUUGUCAUCACCUCCGCAUAGCAAUGCACGAUCUCACAGUCCGGAUUAUUAUCCAAGAGACCUACCCAUGCAGUCUUCUCAACCUUCACAAUCCUUGAACGCGUAUCCCUCCGAAUCCCUCCACAUGUACGAAUCAACAGCGCUAAACCUCUCAUCGAGAACGACUCGGUCGCCGAAUUCACUGAAUUUCUGCUACGAGCAGAAUCGUUCCCUUGAUUUUGCUGGGUCAAGUCUACCUCACAAACUUCGACACAAGAAUCAACAACACAACACGCAUUCCAUGUCCAGCAACUCGUUCCCAAUUGGAAGGCCUUUAUCGAUGUCACCACAUCAACAUGAUCAGAUGCCGGCCACAUCACCUCAUCUCUACCAGAACUCAACGUCUCAUCUGAUGAUGAGCGCCCAGAGUUCCCUUCCUCGAUCGUCCACAUCUCCGCCUGCAACUCACCUUCUGUACCCCAUUAAAAGUGAACCAAUUUCGCGGGAGAUAGGAGAAGAGUCUCCAGGUUCUUCAGAUGACCGUGAUUCUGGUAUCAGUAUUGCUUCGUCACCGCCGCUCUCGGGUCGACCCAGUUAUCCCUCAUCCAACAGAGGCUCCACAGAGGAUAUGGACUGCGACAGCGAACAGCAGCUGCGAGUUGAAGUCCAGAGGUUGGCCACAGAAGUGCGAUCCCUCAAGUCCAUCCUCAGUCGCAAUGUCGACACCCAUCGGCGACGGGAUUCACCCCCUCGCCGGUAGUUAGGAAACGUCCAAUGCUCUAAUUAUCAUGUGUGGUCAUGAUGAUGCUGCUCACCUAAUUUAUAAUGGGGAAUCAUGAAUCAUCGUAAAGUUCAAAUGGAGGUUAGCAUUUUUGUGCAUUUCUGCAUUGAAUGUGCGACAACUGUUGUUUACUUUGUCUGUCCGGAAUAUAAAUUGGUUUUAAACAUCAGGAAAUUGGUCCAAUAAACAAUAUGAAAACGAGUUCAGAUUACUAUGUAUUUUCUUCAAUUGAUUCUGUACCAAUUAGAGAUUCGAGUUUUCAUUCAGUAGCUUUCCACGUAAAAUUUUAACAACAUUUGUGAUGAUUGAACACUUUUAAAAUAUUCUUAUUUUGCACAGUGUGUUCAAUAUUUAAAUCAAGUGUGGAACUUAUGAGGUUCUCAUUUCUAACUAGUUGUGUUCACGCUCCUAACAAGUUAUGUUCUGGUUCAGAACUAGUUGAAUUCGUAUUUCUAACUUGUUGAGUUCACGUUUCUCACUAGUUGGGUUCUCGCUCCUCACUAGUUGGGUUCUCGUUCCAUACUAGUGAAGUUCUCGUUCCGCACUAGUAAGGUUUUAAAUCCUAACUAGUAACGUUUUCGUUCCUGUUGGAACAUAUGAUCUGCAGCAGUUUGAGUCGCACGAAUGCUUUAAGUUCUGUUAGCUUCAUUAUAUUUAUUACAUCUUUAUAAGUUCGUAUAUAAUGUUAAGAUUAUUUAGCCGUCAUCUGGCGUAGAACAUUCUAAGUAUUAAUAUGUUUUGUAUAAUUGUAGAUGUUCAUAACUUAAGGUUUAUGUUGAGUACACAUUUUCUUCUUCGCCUCUUUCUGUACAAUUUUGACCGUUUUGCCUUCUUGUAUGAAUUUUCCAACAUUCGUAUUUAAUUAACUAAGCUUUCCAACUCGUACACUUAAAUGAAAAUUUAUCGCGAAAAUCGUAAAGCGUGUAUUUUCUCCACGACUAGUUGCGCAGUAUUUAAAUCUUUCACGAAUUAUACUAGUAAAUCCAUUUAUUAAAUACUUUUGCAAGUUUAUAAUCGUUCCAGACAAGCAUUUAGGAGCACAUUAUAAUAUUUUGAACUAGACUCAAAAUUAACUACAUGAAUAAAGUGUUUAUGAGGAAUAAUAACUUUAUAAACUCAAACCCGAAAGUGCUAUAAAUAAAUACAUGUCUGGUAUGAAUUUACACAUAAUUUUUUCGAAUUUUAACUCCUAUGGCACUUUUUUCUACAUAUAAAACUCCUAUCAUUGCUUUAUGGUACAAUUUUUAUCUCAGAUGUUACUCUAUAAAUCAUUUCAUUGUUUUAUAAUCCGAUCGUUUUGACAAAGGUUAAAUUUGCCUAAAUAAUUACAGAAAUUUAAUUUUCUGUUUUAAAGCGAUUUGAAAUUUU